GCUCGCCACGCGGAGGCACACGAUUAUUUAUAAGAACUUCAUUGGUCACAACCGUUUACGUCAACCAAUAGGAACCGGUUGCGUCUGAACCGUUGCUUCCGGGUGUGUCCAAUGAAGAAAUCCUUUUUCAUUUGAUGCUUUUUGUAUUUUGUAAAGUAACUAAAAGCUUUCAGGGACACACAACGUUUAGAAAAUGAACAGACUAUUCGGACGAGGAAAGCCGAAAGCGCCUCCCGCGAAUCUGUCGGACUGUAUCGGCAAUGUGGACGCCAGGUCUGAGUCCAUAGAGAAGAAGAUUGGCAGACUGGACGCUGAACUUGUCAAGUACAAGGAUCAGAUGAAGAAGAUGAGAGAUGGGCCCUCAAAGAACAUGGUGAAACAGAAGGCGAUGAGAGUCCUGAAGCAGAAGAGAAUGUAUGAAGGUCAAAGAGAGCAGCUGGCUCAGCAGUCUUUUAACAUGGAGCAGGCAAACUACACCAUCCAGACAUUAAAGGACACCAAAACAACAGUGGAGGCCAUGAAGAUCGGUGCAAAGGAAAUGAAAAAGGCCUACAAGGACGUUCAACUGGAUCAGAUUGACGAUUUACAGGACCAACUGGAGGACAUGAUGGAGGACGCCAAUGAGGUACAAGAGGCCCUGAGCCGCAGCUACGGCACUCCGGAGAUAGAUGAGGAUGAUCUUGAAGCAGAGCUGGAAGCACUGGGGGAUGAGCUGCUGCUGGAUGAUGACAGCUCCUACCUGGAUGAGGCGUCGGCUGCCCCCUCUAUCCCUGAGGGAAUCCCCAGUGACAGCAAGACAAACAAGGAUGGCGUUUUGGUGGAUGAGUUUGGCCUGCCACAGAUUCCCGCCUCAUAAAAAAGGAAGGGAUUAAAACAACUGCACUUCAACUAAAAACACUUUUUAUAAUGUAGAGUAACAUUUAUACAUGCAAAACAUUUGACCUGAGGACACUAUGAUUUUAAAGAUGUCCUGGUGUUGGGUUGUGUAUCGUUGCCACUACCGUGCUAGCAUGUGGCCUUGUAACAUACUGGACCUUUUUUUAAAAACAGUAUUGCUGUCUAACGCUUGUCAGUCUUGUCCAUCACCAUGUUACUGAGCUUAUUUUAUUUGUCUUAUUUGUAUUCUAGUUUUUUGUGUGUUUUGUGUGUCAUUACUAGUGUUCUGACUUCUCCAAAAGUAGAAUGGGUUCCUACUGAGCCUGUUCAAAUGUCUGCAGGUUAUGUGAAACAUGCCGAAAUAAAUGUUUUGAUUAACCUUGAA